UUCUGCUGCUCGUUUGCUCGCCCAUCGCCAGCUCUGAGCCGCUGAUGAGAAGUAUACAGGUUCGAAUUAAAAUACAGUAGCGUUUGGCCAGCGUAGUCUAUGCGGAAGUGUGACUGAAAGACGGCAAAGCUUGUCGACCUUGGUAGGCGAUACAAAAUGCUCCUUGUGAAGUGGACACUGGAACCGCUGCGGAGACAAAUCAGCCAUCACCGGUUCAACCUGCGGGGCAUCAACUAUGACACCGAAUAUCUUCUCAACCGAGAAAACGCGCCCGCAAUCGAGGCCAACAUAAGACAGCGCAAAGGCGUCGGUGACAUACGGUUGAUACACGAAUUGAACGAACAACUUCACAUGGUUGAUGAAUCGCAGGCGGAGCAUCACUCAAUAGCCGGGCGACUACAGAGUGAAAUGGAGAAAAUUCCCAAUCGCACCCACCCGGACGUUGCAUCGUAUGGCAACGUACCGAAAUUGAUGAAGCGGUAUAACCAACCCUACGAUACUGAUUGUCGAAAGUACUAUGAAUUUGGGGAUAUGUGCAAGAAGAUGAACUUCUACAGAAUGGAGAACCUGGGCAAUUUCACCGGUCAUCGUUCUUAUUAUCUGACGGAUGAGCUGGCCGAACUCGAGCACGCUUUGAUUACUUACACGAUCCAACGGUUACUGAAGCAAAAUUUCCGCCUCAUAUCAGUGCCUGAUAUUCUUCCGGCAGGCAUCAUUGAGAGCUGCGGCAUGAACACCAGUGGUGAUCGCAAUCAAGUCUACAAGGUGAAGCAUGAGCGCGAAACGCUUUGCUUGUCCGGCACGUCGGAAAUGGCUCUGGCUGGUUACUUCGCUGGACAACUGUUGCGAACGAAGCAGGUACCGCUCCGACUGGCGGCCGUCAGUCGCUGCUUCCGGGCAGAAUCCUCAGCUUUGCACGAGGAAAAGGGCAUCUAUCGGGUGCACCAGUUCACGAAGGUAGAAAUGUUUGCCAUAUGUGCACCUGAUCAGUCGGCUUCGAUGUUGGACGAGUUUCAGGAGCUUGAGGUUAGUCUUUUCGAUGAGUUAGGCCUUCCGUUCAAGGUACUUGAUAUGCCUGCGAGCGAACUAGGAGCUCCCGCCUACCGGAAGUACGACAUUGAAGCGUGGAUGCCAGGCCGUGCGAUGUACGGUGAGAUAUCCAGCUGUAGCGAUUGUACCGACUUUCAGUCACGUCGCCUCGGAAUUCGAAUUGAACCGCCGCUACAAUUUGCACACACGGUUAACGGAACAGCGUGUGCUGUUCCGCGGAUGUUGAUUGCGCUAUUAGAGAAUUUUCAGAACGAGGACCACACCGUUUCCGUACCGGUGCCUCUCAGAAAGUACAUCAGUGGAAAGCACCGGCUCUGUCGGCGGAAAGUGCUGCCUGAGCUGAAGCUUACCAAGCGGCUCCAGCAGGAAGAUGUUAUGGGAUUUACAAGUAAACUGUGAUAAAUACGGCUCAGUCUGUUCCGCUAAGAUUUAAAAAAAACUAGUAAGCAGUGCAAAAGAAAGCUGGCGGACCGUUGCUCAACCUUAAAAUAACAUGACUUUAAGGCAUUCCCAAAAAUGGAAUGUAGAAAUUCAAGCUCAUGUUAUCAAGACUGUUUACGUAAUUUUCUUGUUCUUAACUUAAUUUAAUGAGAUCGUUAGUACCCUCCUGAUUGCGGAUUAAAUACGAAUUUGAAUCCCAUACGUUCAAAAUAAAGUGCAUAAGUUGUUUUUCCGGG